AUAAGAUUUUGUAUGAAAAUGCAAUGCAGUUUUUAAUCUUUCUGCUCAUAUUUCUGUGUACACAGGUGCAGGACUGACUGACAUCAGACUAUCAGCAUGUAUUCAUAUUAGAGCGGGACACAUCAUGCUGCCGGCUGUGGUGAAGCUCUGCUGUGGAAUCUCUUAUCCACACGUACGCAGCAUGACAGGGUUGCAGCGUGCGGCGGUGGCAGUGUUGGGAAAAGAGCUUGCACACCUGCAGAGCAUCACUCACUUUACCAUUCCUGAAUGGAGCGGUGCUGUCAGGAGAUCAUGUGUCCAGAAGUUUAACAACCCUGUGGAGGCCCAGAAGAUCGCAGUGGGACACGAGGACGCUUUCUACUUUAGACAAGGUGAAGAGGCUCUGAAUGAAGCUCUAGACAUCGUGGAGUCUAAAGAAGGAUGGAAACUCGAGCUGGCAGAGAAGAAUGGAGAUGUGAUCUAUAGUAAAGUACUCAAGGGGAACAGGAAAGUUUUUCGACUGGAGGCCGAACUGGACGCGUCCCCGGAUGAACUCUAUGAGAUUCUCUUCUUGAGAGUGGAGGAGAUGCACCGCUGGAACCCAAGCAUCCGCUCCAUCAAAGUUUUGAAGCAGGUGGGGAAGAACACCAUGGUAACUCACGAGGUGUCGGCAGAGACGGCGGGAAACCUCAUUGGCCAGCGGGACUUCCUGAGCGUCAGACAUUCGUCCAGGAGCGAGUCACGUGUUUACUUGGGUGGAGCUGCGACACGAUUCGAGUCUCUUCCUCCCCAGCAGGGGUUUGUCAGGGCUGAAGAUGGACCCACCUGUAUAAUCCUGCAUGAGCUCCAUCAUCAACCGGGGAAGAGUCGCUUCAUCUGGCUGCUCAACAUGGAUGUCAAGGGUUGGCUGCCAAAAUCACUGGUGAACAAAGCUCUGCCACGAGCUCAGCUGGACUUCACCAAACAUCUGCGGCACCACCUGACUGCGCAGACGUGAGCGGUCCAAACCCUGCUGAAGCU